AUGCGGCACGGCGACAGAGGGGCAGCGGCAGUGGAGCAGGAGCAUGUGCUGUACACUGGUGCCAUGCUGAUUCCAUUCUGCGUGGGGAGUGUCGCAUUACCGCUUUCACUCUGCCGUGCAUCUUCGUCGUCGCCAUUAUUGGCCGCACCUCUCUCUGUACCACGUAGGAAGUCAAAAACCCGGCGACGCGGUGAAAAAAAGAAUCAGCAGGGAACGUCACACGAAGGCGACGGAAAUAAUCCGCAUGAUUACAACGCAGGAAUCAGUCGUUGUACACACAUACGCUACAGCUACCUCCGCGAUGGGUCUUCAGCGGCACAGGAUCUGGCGUAUCGCCGUGCGUUGUACACUUCAGGUGAUGUACGAAUGACGUCAGUCUCCACGAGUGAGGAGAAGGCGGUAACAACCGCAUCCCAGUUGUACGCUGUCGUUGAUCGUGUGGUGUUUAAGCUUCCAAAUAGUUUUCCUGAGCCACGCCGUGAGAUAAGGCAUCCGCCGUUUUUUGUCGUGGACGAUACAUGGGCGGAACAUCUGGUGGAAAUGGAGGUGCACUUUCACCCCUGGCUUGGUAUCGCACCCUUUACGGUGUCGCACAUGGUGCUUCUGCAGAAGCGAGCAGAUUUCACACCUCAAUUGCUCAGUUCAACGUUUGGACAAAACAAACCGCCGCCGACGGUCAUAUUAGAUUCUUCUGACACGGGAGUGUUGCCAUCAUCGUCUUUAGCAGUGGCCACAACGAGAUGUCAUUCAAAACAACGUGAGGGACCACCCAGUGAAGCUCACCCUUUAGUUGUUGGGGAACACGACACGGAUAACGAUGAAUUUUACGCGGAGGAGCGGGGAAUUUGCGUGAAAUUUGAGGAUCUUGAAGAAUUUUCUAUUGUUUCAGAGCGGCGAGAUGCGAUACGCAUCUUUCAUCCAACAUUGAAUGUGGCACGGUUUCUGGCCACAGUGCGGACGAUGGCGCAGCCGGAGCUGGAGCCGCCACCGUCGUUUUGUUUUUUUCCAAAACAAAAGAGUGCGCCAAGCCACGUGCAGCUAAAUGAUGAGAAUGUCCCCACCGUUGAUUGUUGUCGUACUGCUGAGAAACGUAAUAGGUCCAACGACACGGACGGUGAGAAUCAUUCAGGAGCCCUGGAUGGAGGAUUACUCCCUCCUUGGUGUUUCCCCUUUGAGGCCAUUAUGCAUGCACAUGAGCCAAAACGAAGAGACGGCGCCGUUGACGCGAUGCGGGCUGUGUUAGCAGCACUGCGGAAGGAACAAUCUGAGCUACGUGAGGGCAUUGAGCAAAAAAUCAGCUUGGCCAUGAACAACGCGGAAGAGCUUCGGGGUGUCAUUCAAAAAAUGCGGGAGACGUGUGCAAUAUUGAAGAAGCCUGUACGGUAA